AUGCGGGAAGAGAUCAAAGAGCUGAAGGACAGUGCGCAGCAGCAAGCUUUGCAGCAGGAGGCAGAUCCAUCUACCAUGCCCUAUGUGUACUUAAAAGCCACUGCGGCUCUUGUGGCGGCUGCAAAGGGAAAUGUCGAUAGUCUGCAGGUCCUCAUCGACUACCGUGCGAACCUCGAUGCUCGACAGGAGGAUGGCAACACAGCUCUGAUGCUCGCAGCGGCUGGUGGCCACAGUGAGGCCUGCGAACUCUUGGUGAAGAGUGGAUGCCUGGUCUGCGGUGGGCCCUGCGCGGCGCAACGACGGAAAGAGAUCGACGCGGGAAGGCCACUACAGGGAUGCCGCGGAGCGUGCCGCGAUCCCCUCCAUGUGCCCCUGCGCAACAAGAAGGGUCAGAGUGCUGCGAUGAUAGUGCGGCACCAGAUGCGGUAUCAUUUCAGCUUCUUAGAGACGCACAUGUUCCUAGAAUCGAAAGGGAUCCGCUGA